UCCACACCAACUUUGGUUCAUCUCGUGGCAAAGUGAUAGGCAGCAAGUGCAAGGCUGUGGAAGUGAAAGUGGUAGCAGAGCGAGCGAGAGGCAAAGGGAAAGCUAGCUAGCUGCAGGGCUGGUGGUGGUAGAUGCGUAAUGCGACCGGCAGCAGCUGCUGCUCUACGGUGGCGGCGUGGCAUGCGCAAGUGCUUGGCUCGCCGGCUCCUUCUCAUGGCUACGGCGGCGCUGCCGGCGACAGUUGCCUUCUGCCGCUCUCCUCUGCGGCAUGCAGCAUGGAGGCACUGACGCCGCCGCCGCCGUCUCUUCUCCGUGCGCUGGUCUCCCUCAACGUCCUCCUCCUCGUCGCCUACCUCCUUCUCUUCCUCCUCGCCAAGCUCGCCGGCCGCCUGCAUCGACGAGAUCAUGGCGGUGAGCACCGGGCCAGGGAGAGGUCCGAGGAGGAGUUCGCCGGCGCCGACAUCACCGGAGGGCAGCAGCAGGCAGACAUGCUGUUUUGGUUCGACGAGGCCGUGUUCGAGGACAGUGCGCUGCUUGGCGACGAAGGAAAGGAUCAGCUCCUGUACACAGCUACACCUGCACGUUGCUUGCAGGUGGAGAGCACCAUUCCCACGGACGAAUCCACCCGACGAAUCUCGUCGCACCAGCGCCAGUACAGCUACGUCCAGGAGGAGCCCAAGGACGUCGUCGCCGUCACCGCCGCCGGUCCCACGGUGCAGAAGCAUAUUCCGGCCGCCGCGGCAUCACCGGCGGACGUUCCCGUCGAAGAGAAGAUAAGCAGAGGGGAAGAAGAUGGCCGUGACGAUCAUGGAGAAGACGAAGAAGAAGAAGAUGAUGAGCAGGAGGAGGAGAGGUUCAGGGGAGACGACGUGAAGCUGUUCGUCAACAGCCGCGCGCUCGCCGACACCAAGAAGCUGGUACUGAAGGGCGCCGUGGCCGGGAAAGGAGGAGGAGGAAGAGCAGUUCAACGCGAGCGCGAGCGCGAGGACGACAAGGACAGCAGGUUCGGCGCGUCGACGCUGACGAGCGAGUCGACGUCGAAGAGCUCGGUGGAGUGGCGGAGCUCGACGGUGACCAAGGACUCAGAGACGGAGUACCCCUUCUCGUCGUCGUCGCGGCGGAGCUCGUCGCGAUGGGAGUCGUACACUCUGUUCCGCAAGUACGACGAGGACAUGGUCUACUUCCACCGCGUCGGCGCCCAGAAGCUCACCGAGACAGAGUCGUUCAGGUCGAUCAAGUACCAGCCUCGAUCGGUGUCGGAGAGGAUCGUGCAGAAGCUGACGCCGAAGCCCCGGCCGGCGAUCGGGCUGAGGGACCCGUACCCGGAGCUGGAGAGGGUGUACGUGGCGCAGAUCUGCCUGACGUGGGAGGCGCUCAACUGGAACUACGCCAGCUUCCAGCGGCACGGCGGCGACAUCGCGGCGAGGUGCUGCCCGGCGCGCGUCGCGCAGGAGUUUCAGCAGUUCCAGGUGCUGCUCCACCGCUUCAUCGAGAACGAGCCCUACGAGUACGGCCGCCGGCCCGAGGUGUACGCCAGGAUGAAGAACUCCUCUCCCAAGCUGCUCAUCGUCCCAGAGUUCAGAGACGAGGAGGACGAAAAGGACGAUCUGAUAUCGGCUGUGCAGUUCUUGUACAUACUGGAGGACUCGAUCAGGACGUUCAUGGCGUUCCUGCGUGCAGACAAGAGGAGCCACUACCAGAUGUUCAGAGAAAUGGUGAAGAGGAGGAGAAGCUCCAUGGAUCAAACUCUCGUCAUCACCCUCAAGAGAGCCAACAAGAAAAAGAAGAGCCGGCUCAAGGACCUGACUAGGCCACGGCGGUGCCUGAGGAGGACGAAGCUGAGGGUAGAAGAGGAGACGUCCAUACUGCUGGGCCUGAUCGACCUCAAGGUGGUGGCCAGGGUGCUGCGCAUGCCGGAGAUCACCGAUCAACAGCUGCACUGGUGCGAGGAGAAGAUGAACAGGGUCAGAGUCGACCCUGCACAGGGCAAGAUGCAGAGGGACCCCUCCCCUCUUUUCUUCCCUGCACAUUGAACAGCAUCAGCAGCUGCAGCUGCAACUAGUCUCAGCUUGCAUGUGUAAUCUUCUGCUACUUUUUUUUUUCUUGCCCAUGAUCUCCUCGUCAAAUCUUCCUUUCUGUUGAUGUAGUGAG